GGCAUCCCCACAAUCCAAUCGUGGGGAAGUCGUGGGUGUUUCGCCCCGGACUUCAUCCCGAUUCCAAAAGAAUCUCUUCCGAAUCAGGUACUCUAACUUAGAGAUAUCUGGAUACUCCGUAUAUCGGCCGUGUACUGGUAGGAAUCAAAAGAAUAGUGGGCUAGUGUAAUCUUGUCCCCCCACUCAACCCCGCCAAACGCCAUUAUCGGUCGCAAACGCGCCCUUCAAUUGAUAUCAGGGUGAUAUUAACUCAGCCCCGUGGUCACGAUUACUCCUCUUCAGAAAACUUUUCAUUUUUCUAAUUCCAACUCAACCUCUCGAUCAUUGUACGUUCGACUUAUCUGCGAUAACUAAAAUCAUGUCGAAAAUUGCGUCGACCUUCUCGCGCCUUGUGCGCUUUGUGCCCAAGUCAAACCCAUCCAAGGUCUUGAUCGGUGAGCCGAUAGAUGCGCAACUUGACGUCGGACUGGCUAUCUACCAAGGGAAGGAAGUCGCAGUGCGACCAUUUACCGGAGCAUCUGUUCUUAAUCCAGGCCAAAGGACAGAGUCAACAGAGAUCAUUAGUCGCAUUCUCUCCCCUCUGUCGCAGAGUGAGGUUGGAUCGAUCAGAUGUAUUGGGUUGAACUAUGCAUCUCACGCCGCAGAGAUGAACCUUUCUAUCCCAGAGCUGCCCACAUUGUUCAUGAAGCCAUCAACUUCCCUCGCAGAUCCCUGGCCUGCACCUACCGUUCUUCCCAAGAUCACGCAGGCUGACAACACGGGCGACUAUGAAUCCGAAAUGGUUAUUGUUAUCGGCCGUGAUGCGAAGGAUGUCAGCGAGGCGGACGCCCUAGAAUAUGUCCUUGGAUAUACAGCAGCGAACGAUGUCUCAAGUCGCACGUCGCAGAUGAACCAGAGUCAAUGGUGCUUUUCUAAGGGAUUUGACACAGCGUGCCCAAUUGGACCGGCGCUUGUUUCUGCGGCAUUGUUCACGGAUGCUAGUAAAUUCCACAUUCGUGGGCUGAAGAACGGGAAAGUGCUGCAGGAUUGUCCGCUAACGGACUUGAUUUUCAACGUGCCCAAGCUAGUCAGCUUCCUGUCUCAGGGAACAACUCUUCCAGCGGGAACCAUCAUCUUGACUGGCACUCCUCCUGGCGUGGGAGCUGCAAAGGACCCUAAGGAUUUCUUAAAGGAAGGGGACGAAUUCGCCGUGGAGUUGCUGCCUCAUGUCGGAACUUUGGUGACGACGUUUGAAAAUCAGAAAUGAGCUUGUAUUUGAGUUCCUGUGUACAUACUCCUGCAUUUACAUCCAUAGCUUCCACGUAUUUGCAAAGUUGGCUUCACUCAUUCCUUAAUGCUAAAUGACACAGUAGGUACUGUUCUUGCUAAGCCACUGAGGACACCCAUCUUGAGAGCUCUUGCCAAGGAUGCAAUGCGCAUGUAAAAUUCUUUCCAAUAUGCACCUACCUAGGAACCAUUGGUC